CUUGCAAAUCAAAUUGGUAAGUACUUAGCUAAUUUAUCUAAUACAUCCCCCAUCCGUAUGUAUUUAUAAAUGCACAUUUUAAAUAGUAGAAACAUGACGUUAAAGGUUUAAAGUAUCAAUUAAUUCGGAGCUUUUUAUUUUCAUCAAUGAUAAUAAACACCAAACACCGACAAACGAAGACUUUAUGUGAAUCUGACACAAAACAUGAUGUUGCAUAGCUUAUCUCUAAAAGUUUUGUUGGAACAUACUUAAUUAUUUCUUUUAGUAUAAAUUCUUGCUGAUUAUUCAUUUUGUCGACGAACUGAUAAAAAUAAAAGGCCACAUGUUCAUAACUUUUUUGUCUUUUAGGGUACUGUCAACCUUUAACGCAUCUCUGACGCGAUUUUUGAUAGGCCGUUUUUCUACUACCUACAGCCGCCUAAAUGAACAAAAAGAGAUUUUCAGGUGGCUGUAGAUCCUUUAGUUUAUACAUGUUAAACAUCAAGUGUGACAUUUUUGAAUUCAGCUUUUGAAAACAUUUUCAUUAAGACACUACAAGUCCCCCUUGUCACUUAAAAAAAUUGAGAGGUGUGGCUGUCGAAUUAAGGGGAUGAAACUAGGGACAAAUAAUUUUUUAUGUUAAAUGCUUAAAUAAAAAAAUGGACGUGUCAUAUAGUUUCUCAGCUUUGCCUUAAAUAAAAUAGUUUGCAGUUGAGGAGGACGAGAUUAAAAACGCACUGUAAUAUUUCUUGUUUGUAGUUAAUCAUGGAGUCUUACGACGUCCGUAAAAAGCGGCUAAUUGAAAAAUAUUUUCAUCUUGGAUUACAACAAAGUGAAAUAAUUACACUUUUAAACGGAGUCCACAAUAUAACUGUUCAUCCAAGAACAUUGAAGCGUUUAUUAAAUCAAAUGAAUUUGUAUAGACGAAAGAAUUAUUCCGAUCUUGAUACGGUUUUAACAUUUAUUCAAGAAGAAUUAACUAAAUCGGGCCAACUACAUGGAUACCGAUGGAUGCAUCUCAAGUGUAUUCAGCAUGGAUUAACCGUAACACGCGAAACUGUGAGAGAAUUCUUGUUGUUACUAGAUUCUAAAGGAGUCGACUUAAGGAAAAGAAAGCGACUUCGUCGAAGACAAUAUCAUAAUUCAGGACCAAACAGUGUAUGGCAUAUGGAUUCUUACGAUAAACUGAAACCGUACGGCAUUUGCAUUAAUGGGGCUAUAGAUGGUUUUUCAAGACAUAUAAUAUGGUUAAAUGCUGGACGCACCUCAAGCGAUCCAAAAGUAAUUGUUGGUUAUUAUGUAAAUUCGAUAAAAGUAUUAGGAGGAUGUCCAAUGACAGUUCGAAGUGACAUGGGUACUGAAAAUGGAACUGUUGAAAAAAUGCACAUAGCCAUCAGGCAAUUAUUUGUAACAGAAGAAAAUCACAAGCCUGCAUUUAUCUAUGGUAGAAGUACUUCUAACCAAAGAAUCGAGUCUUGGUGGUCCGUUUUGCGCAAGCAAAAUGCCCAGUAUUGGAUGAAUUUAUUUGAAAUGUUGAAAGAUGAAGGCUUAUACAAUGGAACUUUUGUAGAUAAAUCUCUUAUACAAUACUGUUUCUUAAAUAUGAUCCAGGAUGAAUUAGAUAAAGUAGUGUUAGAGUGGAACUGCCAUAGAAUCCGAAACACAAGAAAUAAUAGGGCAUCAAGAGGAAAACCCAUUAUGAUGUACCAAGCUCCAACUCUAUUUGGGGCAAAAAAUUCAUUGAUUCCAGUUUCUCAAUAUAUCAUAUUGAUUUUAGAAGAAGAAUGUACAUUUUAUAACAUUCCUUGCAAUGAAGAUAUGAAUACUUUAUGUAAAUAA